CACCCGAUGGCAUCGCCUAUAUAACCCUCGAGUCGAAGUCCUCCAUUGCAGACGGACAUCUGCCUCUUUCCCUCGUGGUCGCUCUCUUGCCUCGAGCGCACCAGCGGAGCUCUCUUUACCGUCGCUGAAGCCCCUGGGAGUCUGCUCUCGUCAGCGGCGGGCGGUGGAUGAGAUUAGGGUUCCGGCCGACGAGUUUUAGCCUAAAAUCUCGCGAUCAGAGGCCAUGGCCACAUUUGAGUUGUACCGAAGGUCCUCCAUUGGCAUGUGCUUGACGGAAACCUUAGAUGAGAUGGUAUCUACUGGAACUUUGAGCCCAGAGCUAGCUUAUCAAGUGCUUGUGCAGUUUGAUAAGUCUAUGACAGAGGCCUUGGAGACCCAAGUGAAGAGCAAGGUUUCUGUCAAGGGUCAUCUGCACACCUACAGGUUUUGUGACAAUGUGUGGACAUUCAUCUUGCAAGAUGCAGUUUUCAAAAGUGAGGACCGCCUGGAACAAGUGAAGAGAGUGAAGAUUGUUGCUUGUGACUCCAAGUUGCUUACACAGUGAGAGUACCCGUCUUUCCUACUUUCUUAGCAGUGACCAUGAUUAUGCAUGUAAAUUUUUCUGUUUCUGGACCGACCGGCGGAUACCAUUCCCUGUGCGAAACUCAUCGUCUGGGGCAAAGACCUGUCAGAUGAAUUUAAUUUUAUCUUGAAAACAUUGAAAUCUCUGGAGAAGGUUUCAAAAUUGAAUGGUCUUUUCCGUUUCAGUA